UAGUAAUUGGACGGGACACCCUCAUCCUCGCCCUGUCCUGCACGCUGAGCUGAGCCCGUGUGUCAAUGUAUGUUGGCGUGGGGAAGCGGUGAGCAAUCUCUCCUGAAGCUCCGGCGCUGCAGUGGCAUCAUGGGAAACUCGUCCAGCAUGUCUGUGAAGGACCUGAGCGCCUGUCAGUCCCACCAGUGGUACCGCAAGUUCAUGACAGAGUGUCCGUCCGGUCAGCUCACCUUCUACGAGUUCAAGAAGUUCUUUGGCUUGAAGAAUCUGACAGAAACAUCAAACGAGUACGUCAUGACCAUGUUCAAGACGUUCGACAUAAACGACGACGGCUGUAUUGAUUUCAUGGAGUACGUGGCGGCUCUGAGUUUGGUUCUGAAGGGUGGAGUUCAGCAGAAACUGCGCUGGUACUUCAAACUGUUCGACGUGGACGGCAGUGGUUGCAUUGACCGGGAGGAGCUGCUGCUCAUCUUCAAGGCCAUUCAAGCCAUUAACGGAGUAGAGCAGGAGUUUACCGCUGAGGAACUGACCGACAUGGUGUUUAACAAGAUUGAUGUUAAUGGAGACGGUGAGCUGUCUCUGGAUGAGUUUAUCGAGGGCAUCCAGGCGGACGAGGUUCUGUCUGUGAUGUUGACCCAGAGUCUGGAUCUGACUCAUAUCGUCAGUAAUAUCUACACAGACAUCGACUCUGAGCAGCAGCUCAACUGACCCUUAGACCAGCCCGAGAUCAGGGUGCCAAACAGGAGGACGAUGAUGAGCGUUUCUGAACUCUAAAGCUGUUGAUUCAGCAUCGACCGAAGAGCUUUAAACCCUCACAGUAUUAAUAGUGUUCAUCUGCAUUUCAACAGCCUGAUUAUUCCCUGUAAUUGCACAGAAUAACUGAGACUAGAGCAAAUGCUUUAUUUAAGUGCACUUAUGUAGGUUUUAUUUAAGCUGUUAAAACCUCAGGUUUGAACAAAACCUGUAAAAUGCAACUUUCCUUUGUAUAUCAGGCAAAUAAUCUGUCAUGCAAGAACUCGAUCUCAACAUUACUUAGUAUUAUUAUAGAUGUUAAGCAUUGUAGUGUACAUUUGUAACGUUACUGUAAUUUUACACUUCCCCAUUUUAAAAUAAAAUAUGAAAUG